AUUGAGCGGUGUGAUCGAUAGGUGUCAGAAAGUGCCAGCCACUACCGGCAGCCCGCCAGCCCAAGGGAUACCAUUCAUCAUCGCUAUCGUCACCGGCUAUCCCAACGGUUCGCGCCAUGUGACUCACCUAUGAGGUCACGUGACACCAGCAGCAGACGACCAGACUCAUCAGCGUGAGAGCAGAAGCAGAAGAGAGGGAACUUCAAAAGAAAAGAAGAAAAAGAAGUUAUAAUAACCGGCGCUUCGGCCGAAAAGAAACCCAAAAGGAGAAAACAGCGCUAAAAAGGAAAAGCCUAUUUGGCCUCUUGUCCCGCCGUCUGGCGCCCUCUCACCUCACCUUAAUUGGCCAGGUUUCCCCCACGAUGGCAGCCAUGCACAAGAGCGUGCACGGAGUGAAAACGACAGAGGAGCUCUACUCCUGCUUCCCAGAGCCCGACCCAGAUUACGACGGCCCUGACGUCCCCGAUGAGGAGGAGGAGUCUGGAGACUUCCCGCCCCCUCCCCCGCCCCUCACAGCCGAGCAGCUCUCAGAGGCCGUCUCACAGGCCCACGACUCGCACGUAGCCAAUGGGGACAUCGCCUCGGCCUCAGACGACCCCGCCUCCGGGGAGGAGCCCGGCAUGAUCCGACCCAAGCCAUUGGCUAACCCAUGCGUGGAGUCGCGGGAGCGGCAGGCGCUGCACAAAGAGUUGCUCAUGAACUAUAAAAUUGGUAAAGAUAUCCUUCAGAAGCCAGAAUUAAACAAAGUGUUACGAGAGCGGAGGGAGACGCAGCGCAAAAAGGAGUGGGACGAGCAGAAGGUGAUAAAGGACAGGAGCAGUCUGGAGCUCAAGCUACAGGAAAGAGCCAACAGGAUGAAGGAGGAGGAGGAGAAAGGCAUGAAAGUGAUACAGGAGGACACACAGGCCCCAGAGUUUGUCCGCAUGCAUCGCAAGAUCACCAAGCCUGGCAACGAGACCGAACAGAGUUGAGGACGAGACGAACCUUGACCUCCUCAUCACAGCAUACUUUGACCAGAGCAAGCACGUCCUGAGAAACUCCUUAGUGAACUAUAACGGCAUAUGUCUGUGGUGACCUUGACAUUGGAUUGUGUGACCUUUGACCAGAACCCACAUGUCCUGGGAAAAGUUCUUUGUGAACUAUUUCGGACUGUGUCUGUGGUGACCUUGACAUUGGGUUGCGUGUGGAGCAAGCAUAAUGACUACUCUGGAAACAGGUGUACCCCUCAGGGAGAUGGCGACCUCUGGUUUGGUUCGCUGUCUGUGGAAGACGCCAAAAAACUUUGCUUUCCAGGAAACUAUACAUAUGUGCACAGCUUGCUGCAUUUCCUGAUAUAUGUUCCUCCCGAAGAGAUCUGGUUCAAAAUGUCAAGCUAGCAUGAAAUAUCUUAGCGGUCGUCGACAUGGAACAUAUUUAUUUGUGGCCAUCAACAUGAAUAUAUAUAUAUAUAUUUGUGGUCGCAGACAUGAUAUGUAUUUGUGACGGUCGAUGCGAAAUGUAUUAUUAGUAUUAAUGAACAUCGACAUGAAAUAUAUUAGUGAAUGUCAACAUGAAAAAAACGGAGGCUGUCAACAUGAAAUAUAUUUGUUGACAUCCUUUCAAAUUUUCUUAUUUGAUGUCUACAUAAACUGUAAUUAAAAUGGCUGUCUACGUGAAAUAGUGUAUAUUCCUACAGGUUUCUUGUUGGCAGCCUGCAUAAAAACCACAUCUGUGGAGCAAGGAUUGUAGACUUCAACAGUUUUGUACCACUGAAUCUUGAAGAUGAUUCUAUUUUUCUAAGCAUUGUUCCUUUUUGAUGGGCAAUGUGGGGUUGUUUUUUUUUUGUGUGUGUAAGAUGUUUCAAGGAAAAAUAACUGACUGUGACAAGAAGGAGCUGGAAGAGGGGGAUUCCAGUGUUGUAGUCAGAUAAAUGCAUUCAAGUAUAAGGAUGAAUGUUUCUAUAGCAGAUGAAGUUGCGCCUGAAAAAUUCUCAGUUUUUCAUACAGUUUAAUACUUCAUUGACGAAGUUUUGAGCCACUAACUUUUUGACAAGGUUUUUUUUGUAUGUUUUUUUGUCUUGGUGUAUAUAUUAUCCCAGCGUUGAAGAAAAGCGUGCUUAAAGGAAAAUGCGCUUUUGCACAUGUACCACAUAUUAUAUUUUAUGCAGUCUCAAGAUUGAAUUUUUUUUAAGGAUGAACUUAAUUUGGUGUUAUAAUGAAAUCUUGCUGCUCAUUGCAAAUGACCUCAUCCAGAGUGGUUCCAUAUGAUGCUGCACAACCACAUAUUGCCGCCCUGAAAUAACACUCUCUUGAAGGGGGGGGGGGGGGGGAUUUCAGACCCAAAAACAAGUAUUUGCUUUUAGCAAUUAUUUUACAAAUGAUGUUGCGAAUAAGUUAUAUUCAGAGUUGUGUAGUAUUGAUAUUACUUUUUGCAGUAAUUAUCAUGAGAUGCUCCUCGCUCUAAUUAGGAUGAUAUGAAUAUUUAAAAACUGCAAAAUCGUAACUUCAUCAUUAGCUUUUCUCACCUCAUGCUGGAGUAUAGGCCACCAACAAGAGCUCUCUGUUACUUCUAUUUUGGGCUGUAUGUAGUCUCCUCCACUGUUCAGCUGUAUAGUGUAUACCAUCAUUGUCAGGUCUGAAUCUAAGUCCCUCCUUCUAGAAAAAAAUUUCCCUUCUGGAUAAUAAAGUAUUAUCUUAUCUUUUAGGCCAUUCCCUCUUUCUUUUUUCCCUAUGGAUUCCCAUACGGUCAAAUGUUAAAAAUUGCAGAAUCAUUUCUUACGGUAGUGUUAUUUCUGUCUGCCAAUAUGUUGCCUCGUUGUGAGCUGUGUGCUGGUAAGCUCUUCCUGAGCUUAUGUUACUCUGUUCCCUCUCCAUUGGAUCUUUUCUGUAUGUUCAAUAUUCAGAAAUUAGUCUAAUUUUUGGUAUAUGAUUAUAUGGUCAAACCUGUCAAAGAAGACCACCCAUUAAUGUGGAGAAAUGUUUUUAUCUUAGACAAGUGGUCUCUUGGACAGAGUCAUUACAAAAAAGUGUGCCCAUUUGACCUUAUGCAGUUGCAAGCGCCGUAAAACCCCAGACUAAUCUAACUAAAUGUAGAAAAGACUCAAGGGGAGAAAUGGUCAUUUGAACAGGUGGUUGUCUUGGACAAGUGUUCGUUUGAGCAGGUUCGACUUCAUUUUACGUUUGUUUCUAAAAAGAUAAACUUGCAUAAAUUUCAAAGUUUACUUUGGAUUUUCUCCUGAUGGCUUACCCGUGUAUCUCACUAGCUGUUGAGUUUUUGCUGGUGAAGGGGAGUAGCUUCAUUCUGUUUUGGGUUUUUUGUUUGUGCCAUUUGAAAAUUUUGAGGUGGUUAAAGGAGAGUAUGUUUGCUUGAUUGGUUUCAUUAGUUUUUUUGUAAUAAUUGGUGGGAUUCAAGUGGCAUUGGUGGUCUAGUAGCUAGUUUGUUGGGCUCCAAACCUAAAGGUCAUAGGUUCGAAUCGUGUCAGGGUCCUGACAUUGUGUCUUUGGGAAAGGUACUUAACGAGAAUUUUCUUCUUUUCUCCCAGGUGGGAAUGGGUGUGCGACUAUAGACGGUAAAGAAUCUUGUCAGUUUGUCUUUUAACCCUUAAUUGGCUGCUUGCACUGUGUGCUUUCAGGGAAGUUGAGAAUGUUUUUGAGUGUUCUAGGGUCUUCUGAGGUAAUAAUAGUUGUAAAUUGAAUAGUGCAUUCUGGGGAGCAUGGAUAUGCAGUGUGCAUACAUGCCAUUUUUACUAUUAUGAUUAUUAUUUAUCUAAUUAUUCCUGUUGGACAUGAGAUUUCAAUCAAAAGUUAUGCAUGAGAGAACGAAAGGUCCGCCAAAUAUAAGAACUUCCUUCAGACUUGAUCAUUGUUCCAGUGAAAGCUCGUUCAUCCACAUCAUUGCAGGAGACAGUGCAGAGUAUUAUAUUAUGUUGUACACUGUUUUUUGUCAGAGAAAAACUGAAUAACUUUACUUGACCAGUUUAACAUUGCUGUGCAGGGUGAGGGAAAAACAGUGCAGUUAGAAAUGUUUCUCUUGCGACAUUGACAGUAUACCAUUCAUUCAACAUAAUAUGAAAGGGUCAAGUGAGGAACAGACUAAGUUAGUAAGCUACAUUAAUCCGGCAAAAGCUUACCUUACUUUGAGCUGCUUUUAGUGUGGACUUGCUUGUUUUUAACUUGUUUAAAUGUUAUAAAAAUACACUUUGUGAAUUAGUUAGUUCGGUUUUUUCGCCCGAUUGAUUUUAUAGGGAUAUUUUACCUGUGCUUUUGUAAGUUAAGGGCAGUUUUAAGUGCCCUGAUUUUUUCUUAAAAUGGACUUGACCUGUUUUUCACUUGAUCCCUUCAUGUUUGCAAAAAGUGGCCCAUCAGAGUUGUCAUCACAAACUUAUGUUUGUUCUAUACUUUUGCUGAAUGUGUGAUGAUGGGAAAGUUUACAUUUUUUUGUCUGUUAUGUGGAGCAGUUUGAGUUUGCCAUAGAUAUAUGUAUAAAAAUCACUCGAAAAAUGAAUGGCUUUUGUAUCAGUGACCUUACGAUGGCGCAGGUCAUAUUGUGUAAUUUUAGCCUUAUGAUAUUAAUUGACUUGAUUUGGCAGCAGUUUGUUUCCGUUUUUUGUCGCGUUCAUUGGUGCAUCUGUUGCCUCUUUGCACUAGUUUGUUCCGUGUGAAAAGGAAUAUUUGAAAUGCUUUGUGACAAAACGUGAUAUCUCCAUAAAGAAAGUGAAAAGUAUUACAAAAUGAUUUGAUUCGUAAUCAGUAUGCUUUAAAAGAGAAAACUCAUGAGCUGAAAUAGUAUAAAUUAUAAUAAAAUCUCUGGUUGCGGCUCAUUUUGUGACCAAAUAUUAAAAAGCAGUGAAGAUUAACCCAAUCCUUGCUAUUGCGAUCCACAACUACAUGCUCCAUUCAGCACCGAUGUGACCUGAUUGGACAGCCCUUCUCCGUACUAAACUAAUGCGAUAUGUAGAAACCCUAUCGUGACAACCCUUAGCUUGGUGCGGGGAACUCAUUAACUGUUGUUUGUAAGGAUUGACCUGAA